ACAACUCUACAAUCAAUCCAUAAACAAAAAAUUUUUGUGUAAACUAAAAACAAAAGCGGAAGCUCAAAAGCAACUUUUUCCGUAUAAUUUGGCCUUUUAUGAUUUGUUAAAUUUUUUAUUUAGAAUAUGACAUGCUGAGAAGAGUCCUUUGAUCAAGUACUUCACUAUACUCUUCGUGCCCCGCAAAACCAACGACGCAUUUAAUCAAUGUUCUCCAACGGAUUGCCCUGCAAUCUGUCGUUUCCGAGCUGUCUCAGUGUACCCAAAGACGAGAUCGGUAAUGAAGAGCUCCUGCCCUCCAAUAUGGGAACCCGCGAGCCAGUUAUUCUCAAUGUCUACGACAUGUACUGGAUCAACGAGUACACAACCUCGAUUGGACUGGGCGUAUUUCACUCCGGCGUAGAGGCAUUCGGCACCGAGUUUGCCUACGGCGGACACCCAUUUCCUUUUACGGGGGUCUUCGAGAUCUCUCCGCGGGACCACGACGAGCUGGGCGACCAGUUUCAGUUCCGCCAGAGCAUCCAGAUCGGCUGCACCGACUUCACAUACGAGGAGGUGCGCCGGAUUGUCGAGGAGCUGGGCAAUCAGUUUCGGGGCGAUCGCUACCAUCUCAUGAACAACAACUGCAACCACUUCUCGGGCUCAUUAACUCAGAUACUUUGCGGCCAAGAAAUACCCAGCUGGGUCAAUCGUUUAGCGCAUUUCAGCUCCUGUGUGCCAUUUCUACAAAGAUGUUUGCCAAAAGAAUGGCUGACACCCAAUGCCUUGCAGCAGAGCAUUACAACAAUCCAAGAGCGCGAAGACUCGGAUACCAGUCCCCUUUGAGACAUUACCUGACCGAGAAUAUGUCACUUGCAGACAGCAGCAAACAAGCGAUCAUAAUUCACAUCCAAAAGCAGUUGUAAGAGCAAAAUUGUUAAGUUACUCACGUCGUCGUCGUCGCAUCAACAACAACAAUUUCCAAGCCAACAAAACGCCCCAAAACAAACAAAAAGCAACAACUAUUAUUAAUAGACUUAAAUUAGGCGAUAUACAAACAUACUUACAUAGACAUACCUACAUAGAGACAAACAUACAUUGCGAGGUGACUAAAUUAUUGGCUAUUGUAAUUUGUAUUUGUAAUAUGACUAUUCAGAAUUAAGAUAUUAUUAAGUGGCCGGUAAAUUUAAGUAGCAGAGAGCGCCGUCAGUGCAGCAGUGUCAUUUAUAGAAUUUUAAAUUAACUACGAAGACAUCGAGAAAUCAUCAUUAGGCACUUGCUAAAGAUAAUGUACUAAACAAAAAACCCACAGACAUAUUUGGUGAAACGAUAUCAAAAUGUUGCCCAAUUUAAUUGUUUACUUCUCUGUCAGCGGUGGGAAUGUGAGUGUUUUAUUUUUUAAUUCCCACCCACCAAGCAUCUGAGCUCGAUUAUUGAGAUGAUUUCCUGGUUGAUUUCUUUUACAAUUACAUUUUACCGAGUUUAUAAGCCGCAUGUCUAUCAAAACACCAAAAUGAUCUGUUAUCAAUAAAUAUAAUAUAUAUAUACUUGA